AGCCCAGACCCUUCUUCCUUUUUACUCCUACUGCAUUGUUGAUCCUGAAACGGCAGAGAGCAGACCAUUGGAUUCAAUUGACUGUUGCUAGUUAUCCCCUUUUCUAAUUCCCUAUUACCCCUCUGCUACCCCUCCUCACGUCGCCUGUUUGGGCCAGUCCAUUUGACGCCAUUCCAGUUAUACCCAGCCCAUUCCCCUUCUCCCAUCAUCCCAUUCGGUGACUAUCCUUCCCUCUUUGGUUGUCCUUGUCUCUAUCACGCCUGUCCCUGAUCCAACCCGAUUGGGCACAGGUGCAAAGGUGCAGUCCAGAAAGGAUAUUCAUUUGAAUGCAGGCUUUUGCAAGAACGAAUUGCUUGGUCGUCGGUAGAUCCGGACCGUCUGCUCUUCGUUGCUCCUCUCGACCGCCCCUGCUCUCCGUCUCUUCUCUCCCUCGCUCGUUCUCUCUCACACAUCACGUGUUUGCAUCGUUUGCACCAGUCUCCAAAGUGGCUCCCAACGCUAAGACCGCAGGCCCCCCCACCACCACCACCAUUACCACCGCCGCCUCCACUAAAUUCAAGUCCCGCACGGCAUUACUUCAGGGACAUCUUUCACCUUCAUCUCCUUUAACUUCUUCUUCUAUCCCUCGUCUCUCUUCAUCUCCUCCAUCAUCAAUCACAAUGGCUUCUCUUCCCGUCUCCGGCAAGGGCUACAGCUCCAAGGCCGCUUCUGCCUACAGCGCCCGCAAGAUUGCUCAGCCUAACACGCUUGAGCACCGCGUCUACGUUGAGAAGGAUGGCGUUCCCAGGUCCCCGUGGCACGACAUUCCUCUGUAUGCCAACGAGCAGCAGACCAUCCUUAACAUGAUUGUCGAGAUCCCUCGCUGGACCAAUGGCAAGCUCGAGAUCUCCAAGGAGGAGCCCCUCAACCCCAUCAAGCAGGAUGUGAAGAAGGGCAAGCUCCGGUUCGUCCGGAACUGCUUCCCCCACAAGGGUUACCUCUGGAACUAUGGUGCCUUCCCCCAGACCUGGGAAGACCCCAACGUUGUCCACCCUGAGACCAAGGCCAAGGGUGACAACGACCCUCUCGAUGUCUGCGAGAUUGGUGAGCUCGUCGGCAAGGUUGGCGAGAUCAAGCAGGUCAAGGUCCUCGGUGUCAUGGCCCUCCUUGACGAGGAGGAGACCGACUGGAAGAUUAUCGUCAUUGACGUUAACGACCCCCUUGCUCCUAAGCUGAACGACGUUGAAGACGUUGAGCGUCACCUGCCCGGUCUUCUCCGUGCCACCAACGAGUGGUUCCGUAUCUACAAAAUCCCCGACGGCAAGCCUGAGAACCAGUUUGCCUUCUCUGGCGAGUGCAAGAACAAGAAGUACGCCAUGGACAUUGUCCGUGAGUGCGCCGAGGCUUGGGAGCGUCUCAUCGCUGGCAAGACCUCCCCCGGCGACAACUCUCUUCUCAACACCACUGUCCCUCACUCCGCCCACAAGGUUGAGCCCUCUCAGCUCCCUCACAUCCCCAAGGGCGAGAACCUCUCUCCCGCUCCCAUUGACCCCUCCAUUGACAAGUGGUUCUUCAUCUCUGGCGCUGCCGUCUAAGCAGCUCCAUUCUGAGCUCGGGGUAGUAUUUUAAAAAGAUAUGAACAAAAAAGAAAAUAUGAUUUGCGGCAGAAUUGCGCAGCGUAAACAAUACCAAUUGAUCCAUCAUUCGUGAUGGUAAUUGCUAGAUAUAUUAAAUAGAAGAACGGUGUUCUGGUCAUUGUGACCAGCCAUAACAGACACCAAGACAUAUACGUAUUCGCUCCUC